AUGGCCCUGCCUGGCAACAGCCUGGUGGAGCAGAUGUCACAGCUGGAUGCAGCUCGAAACCUCGUCCUUGGUGACGCCGCCCUCUAUCCCCAGAUCGUCCACGGUAUACUACCUAUAAUUGGCGCCAAUUCGCGGCUGGAGCUACGCAGAUGGGGUGCCGAGUUCCUCACAGAGACCUUUUCGAGCCCGGCUUUCCCCCAGCAACCGAAGCAGAAAUUAGCUACGGAGAUCCUCGGUGCGGUUAAGGAUUUGUUAAAUACUCCUGAAAAUGACGAGACCGUGGUUCGUGGUGCUAUUUUGACGGCAGCGAGCAUCUAUGUUUUGAUAUUUAGACAAGUUGUGAGCCAUCCCGAUCAAGCCGCGCUGUGGGAAACGAUGACGGCCAUAAAACAUACUAUACUGAAGAAGUGGGACACGUCCUCCCACGGCGUCAAAAUUUGCUGUGUCAAGUUUGUCCAGAAGGUCGUCCAGGUUCAGACUCAGGGACCGAUAGCUGAUCCAAGACGGCCUGAGAAAAACGAGACAUCCAUUGCUAUAGUACCUAGGAACCAUCCACUUCUAACCCUAUCUAACAUUGAAGCCGAAACCUCAGGGCUUCUUGAUAGACUGCUCAAUGUCUUCCAUGAAAAUUCAAGCGACCCCAUCCUUGUCAACGCAACUCUCAACUCGCUGCCGGUUCUCAUACGCACCCGUCCAUCUAUUUCAAAUAAAAUUAUAAACGCCAUCUUGAACUUCAACCCACUCAAGCAAGCAAACGCGCCGAUAACACCAACAACGAAAGUAAAUAUUAAGUCUAUGGAGAGGACAACAAGAGCACUAUUUUUGAGUAUAAUCAAGAAGGCCCCUACACAUCCCUUGGCUGGGCGUAUGCAGCAAUAUAUCGAGCGGCUUGCACAGUCACAUAACGAGAUAUUUGAGGAAGCGUCAAGGAAGCGUGCUCUACCCGCUGAGCCAACCGACGUAGUGGACACCGCAAAACGAGCAAGACUGGGCCUGGAAACACCUCAGCAUAAGAUUCCUCCACUCCCUCCAGGUCCUACAAGCUUUGGACAACUAUUUACCCUUACAGAAGAUGUCGGCUUAACUUCCUUCGACGUUAAGCAGCUUCCAGUAGACUUGGUUGUAAAAAUUAUUCUCCCGGUAUUGACCAGGGUUGAUAGUGAAGCCUUAGACCAGGCUAUUGGGGCUGUACGUUCCCGCUAUGAAACCAUCUGUAAGAAACAAGUCUUUGAGAGGCAAAAUCAAGCUGCAAAUGCACAGGCCGCCGUAGACGAAGACGACGAUGACUAUGAGCCGGAAUACCAGCCCAUGGAUGUCACCGGUUCACCCACAGACAUGGAAAAGUCUACGGCACCCGCAGCAGAGCCAUUGCCAGAUAUCGUCUCGCUUGGGCCGUUUGUAUUGCCGAAGCCGCCGCCCCUUUCCCCAGAGGAUGUCGAGCAUCUAGGCAAAGAAACAGUUAGCAGGAUAUUUACCAUGAUAACAACUCUCCCACAAUCCACAAAAGCGGUUGUCAACAAUCCUUCACAGUCUAUCGGAUUUGGAAGGCUAGCCGCUAGCUCCUCCGAUCGAGAAUCAUGGCUUACAUUGUUGACGAGACUUGCUACUCGCUCAUCGGCCGGCCUUGAGAGCGAGGAAAGCAACGAUGCGCAACAGGGUUCUGCAAAGCAGAAUAUCGCCAACACCAUCCGCCACAUGCUAUAUCGCUACGUCCUGGAAGAUUUUAGGGCUCGUAUGAACUUUGCCAUAUCUUGGAUGAACGAAGAGUGGUAUAACGAUCAAGUGCAGUUGAAGCAUGCCAGCUCACAGAUCGAAGGGGACCCGAAUAACCCUCACGUCCCGACCCACUACAGUCAUUGGUCUUUAAAACUUCUCGAGGGCAUGCUUCCAUAUCUUGACGCCAGGGAUAAGGUACUCAUAAGGUUCUUAAGUGAACUACCUGAGUUGGAUCCGGCUCUGAUUCAGAAGGUGAAGAGCUUGGCAAACGAUCCAGAGAGGGUCAUUCUGUGUGUGCAGGCGUUACACUACCUCGUUAUCGUCCGGCCUCCAGCUAGGCAGCUCUGCUUAGAUGCACUAGUUGACUUAUAUCAGACGAUGGAAGAAACUCGUCCCCUGGCGACGAAGAUCCUUCUCAAAUGGAGACCAGAUUCACUUCCAGAGCAAGCUAAACAGGCACCGACCCGAGACCCUCGCCGCAAUCCUAAUUCAUCCAACUCCACGCCUGUUCCUCAGAAUGGUACCGCAUCGACUGGCCAAAAUAACACCGCGCCAAUACAAACGGCCCGUCCCGGAAUAACGUCAACUUAG